AUGAAGGUGCUCAAGCCUCGGGCGGCGCUGCUUUCCGACUUCGAGGUGCUCAUGGCCCUCAAGGACAUGGAGGCCGACCAGAUCCAGCGCUCCCAGCUCGUAAAGGCCCAAAAGGCCACCACCGAGGUCCAAGAGAGCAUCUACCAGGACCAGGAAGAGUGGCUCGAGCAGGUGCCUGAGAACCUCCGGACCAUACAGUACGAGACGAUCGCGUUCCUCUCGGAUGUGGCGAGGCCCUGCGCCCACCAGAGCGAAGAGGCCAUCACCGGCCUCCUCGAUGCGCUCAAGUCCAAGGGCUACUCGAUCUCCGACUCCGAGGCGCGGCGGGGCGGCCUCGGCCUCAACAAGUCCGAGCGCCUCCAGAUAGUCAACCACUCUCCCAGCAGCGUCGUCGAGCUCCACACGCUCGUCGAGGAGCUCUCGGAGCGCUUCUACGACUGGCAGAUCGACGACAUCGUCCAGCUCGUCCAGAGCUACAUCCCCGCAUCCUCUUCGGCCGGAGUCAACGCAUACGCCGAGGGCAACGAGGACGCAGAGGCCAUGGCCGUCAACGGCCUCGGUCAGGAGACGGCCGCCGAAGACGAGGCUAUGGCCGCCAACGGCUACGAUCACCAGCCGACCGCAGCCACGCAGCUCGGAGAGGGAGGCGACGGCGGCCUGGCCGUGGUGCCGGGCCACGACGAGGAGCUCGAGGGGCAGGACGACGACUACGAGAUCGACCCGGCCGUCGAGAUGGACGACGACGAGUUUGUCAACGAAGGCUACGGCGCCGUCGGCGUCGAGGAUGCUGAGCCAGAAGACUAG